AUGGCCGAAAACGAGCAGAGCAAGAGCGCUACCAAGCCUGUCGACGAGGCGCCCAUCUCGCCAAUUGAGCGCAAGAACUCGCUCGAGAACCAUCUCCAGCACCGUCCCGACCGUGCUGAACUGGUCGACAAGAACAUCCUGCCCGCAUCCAGCGCCGCACCCGGCCUCCUCUCACAACAGAAGGAACUCGAGAAGCACAUGCUCGGAGACAAGCUCAACGACAAGAUUUCGAACCGCCCUGCCCCCGAGACCCUCGUCAAGGAUGGUGUUCUCCGUGAGGAUCCCCGCUCGGCGGAAGAGCGAUACGAAGAAGCCAUCGAGGAUGAAUAUGCUAAGCGUGAGGGCGGUGCGUAG